AUUGACAUAUUAUAUAUCAAUUUUGUUGCUUAACAAUCGAGGAAUUCAAAAAUAUAAAAAUUAAUAGCACUAGACAUUUACAUCACGUUCAAAAUGUAGAUUAACCACACUCACUAAACUGAGAUUUUUUUUUACAUCUAAAUGUAGUGAGGUCUAAAAAUCCACGAAAUUCACAAAAUUAACAAUAUAAUUACACAGAAAUGUCACUUAGGCAUACAUUUAUUUGUAAAUGUGUCAAACUUUACAAAAUAUACCAGUUUAUAGCUUAUUUCUAUAAUUAUUCUUGAGAAAAAAAACGACCGCCCUCCCCUUUAAAAUUCUGGCUUUUAGAAACACUCUGGGGAAGAAAAAAAUAACAGAGUUAAAUAUAGAAGGUCUAUAUAAAAAACAUAAUAAAAUAUGUCUAUAUGCCAAUUUUUAAUAUAGUUGCAGCAUUUACAUGGCUAAUUAUAAUUGUUUAGUACUUUAAACAUUAAUUUAAAGUUACGACUCUCUGUGGCGUCUUUCAAGUGUAGUGUCAGUGUAGGAGUGUAGGUGAACAGGGUGUUAGGGCCUGAUACGAUUUCAUUAGAAUUGGUAAUGAACAGAAUGUAUAAUUAGAACUGGCAUAUAAAAACAAUGUUGAUAAUAGAUGCAGUUGUUUUAAUGCUACUUAUAAUAGAUCAAAAUGACAAACAUAAUUAAAACCCAAGAAUCUGGAAGCGCUGACCUCAUUUUACUGACACGGUUGUCAAAUAGUAAGUAGAUCUAGAUCUAAAAAAUAGAUCUAGAUUUACGUAAUUUUGAAAAUACGCUAGAUCUAGAUGCAAAAUCACUUUUAAAAACUGAAGUUAGUGAUUAGAUCUAUAAUGAAAUUGAAAUCAACAACUGAUAUAGUAAAUUUUUAAAAUGAUGGAAGAACUCAGUGAUGAGCAGCCAGAGAUGGUAUCUCAUGAAGAAGCUGUACUGGCAGAAAAAGAAGCAACACAAAAUUUAUCUGCUUCUUAUUCAACUGGGAAUUCUCCACAUGUAAUGCUCCCGCCAGCACCGCUUGCAGCACCAUCACCACUACCAGCUUUUCUUAGUCUGUCACCUAAAACUACAGCAGUCAAGUUGUCAAGUGCUCAGGCCACACCAGGCACAUCUUCCAGUCAAGUAGCCCCUUCCAGCUCAGCUUCAAACUCAUCAACUACAGCCCCAGAAUUUCCUCAGAUUCCUCAUGAGGGAAAAUCUAAGACUGUGGAAGAAGUCUCAGCUGUCUCUGCUAAUGUGAAUGUCCCAUCUGGUAGUCCAGGCUUGGGUCUGUUUGGAUGGAUCUCCAGUAACAGUUUGGUCUCUAAAGUUGUGGAAAAAACAAAGAGUUCAAUGGAAUCUGUGAUCACAACACUUGAUCCAGGAAUGAAGGAAUUAAUAUUUUCUGGGGGUGAUGUCAGUGUUAUUGUUGCAUCAUCUAAAGAUAACAAACUUGUUCCUGUCAGAGAGGCAUUUCAGAAGGUCUUUGGUAAAGCCACAGUCAUAGGAAAGGAGUGUCCGGUGAAUACAGCUGCUCAGCUUGUGGGCUUUACUGCUGGCCUUAAGGGUGCUGAAGAACGAAUAGCAAACCUGCGCCAAAGUGGAAGUAUACCAGAAGGUCAUGCUGUUGUUGCCAUCGAGGGUUUUAUUGUAGAAAUUUUACCUGAAAGAUGGUUUGAAAUGAGCUGUCUGCUAUUAAAAGAUUUCUCUCAUGGCAUUGAACUUCAGACUUUCUCUCAACCAACUCUAAUACCCACAGAAUUUGUCCUAACUGCCCAGGAAAAAACACCUACAGAUUAUCCUCUCAGAUGGGCAGGAUACUCUGUGACUAUUGGUGAAGUUAUAGAAGCUGCUCAGCCACACAUUGGUCAUGCCGACUGGCAGAUGGUGUUGUCAGGAGUGUCACGUCGUCAGUCACUUUUAUUAGCAGCCCAAAGCUUAUGUUACAUGUAUAAACAAAAGAUACCCACAUCAUUUGUUUCAUAAUAAGAUGGUCUUUAUUUGGGUUAAUGUCAGAAUUGAACUAAGCUGAAUUCUUACUAAGAUAUCUUUUAAUUAAAGAAGUGUUUUUUACCUGCGGUGGACAACAGACCAAAUUAUUUGCUGUUAGAUUUUUACUUGUCUACGUCAGUUAUUAUGGAUAUAAUUGCAUGGUUACAGUAUAGAAUGAUAAAAUUAAGUACACUUGUUUCAGUGGAAUUCUUAUUCUAAACCUUGUUAUCUAAAUAGCUUACUUUAUUAAAUUUUGUACAGACGGCAAACACCAACUGUAUUGCAUGCCUUCUUCACAUACAAACUCCAGACCCCCCCCCCCCAUCUUAACAUUUAGCUACUAAGUCUAAGAACACAUUGUUAAAAUUAUUUUUAGGAAGUAGGGCAACAGGCAUAGUUAAAUAUAUAAAAAAAUCAUUUAAAUCUUCUUAAUUUUUCUAUAAAGUACAGUCUUGUGAACUGAUCUAGACAAUAAAAAAUCUAACAAAAAUUAUUUUAGCCAAAUAAUUUUUAUAGCAGCCUAUUAAUAUUAGAAAGCAAUAUAAUCUUGCUAAAAAAAAUAAGACAUGGUAACUCAUCUAGUUGGUUUUUUUUUCUGUGACUUAAUAUAUAUCAGAAUAUAUUUACAAUAUAUAUAGCAUUUUGAAAUUAUUUCUUAGAAAUGAAAUAACCUAAAAAUCAAAUUAAAUGUAAAAAAAAAUAAUUAAGUAUUUAAAAACUUUUAAUUUUAAGACCUAUUUGUACCAUAGAUACUAUUUUGAUCUAAUAAUUCCAAAUAUUUCUAAUGAGAGGCAUGGUGGACAAAAUUAACCAAAAAUAUAUAUAUAUUAAAUAUGCAGGUUGCUCUUUAAUAUUGCAAAUGAAACAUUGUAAUAUUCAAUUAUAAUGAAGAAAAAUUGAUGCCACACAAAUAAAAAGUAUUUUAUGUUUAUCUGAUGAAUUUAAUGUUUCUUGUAAUGUCUAUGAGAAGUAGCUCUGCACGGUCAAUAUAUAUUUCUAUGUUGUUACAGAUUGUUAAAUAACUUUAAAAUGACUUUUUGUAGAUUUUUAACAUAAUUCCGUUUGGUGCAGUUUACUCAAUGGUUGAGGUUGACCUAGAGAACUAUCGGCAAAAGUUUGAAGAUAUAAAUUUUUAAAAUAUAGAACUCGAUCAUUUCUUCUAGUCUUAGCAGUUUUUAAAGGAUUUUGUUUUUGAAUAACUUAUUUAAAAAAUCAUAUAUUGAUGUCUCUUCUGUGAUUAGAGAGGGAAUGGUGAGGAAAAUAUUACUUGCAUGAAAUUAAUAUUGGAUGGCUGUGAAAAAAGAUGGAUUUCAAUCGUCUGUAAAGUGAAAGAUCUUUGAAUUUUCUAUUAUAGUCUGUCAUUUUUUAUAAAGCUAAUUUUAAUGGCAUUGGGUUAAUAAUAUUUGUUUACUUAGAAAUAUUUUGUUUUUAAUAUCUUUUUUGUGUAAUGUUUUUGAUAAUGAGUGCCAAGCAAUUUAUAAAGUUACCAUUAAAUACCAUUUGCUUAAGGUAAGCUGUUACCUUUUUAGUUUACAAAAUAUUUACAUUAUAAAUGUUAGAAUUCAAAAAUGUGUUUUUUUAAUAUGUUGGUAAAGAAUGAAUUUUAUUAUUUUUCCCCACAUGCAACAAGUUAUUGUUUAGGUUGUUAAUUGUAUUGAUACACUCAUUCAACCACUGACAGUUAUCAGACACAUUAGAUAGAGAUGGUUGAGCCUUGUGCUGAGAAUGAGAGCUAGAACUGCUUUCAGAUAGACGCAGGGCAAGAGAAAAUGAGGGCAGCCAAUAGAAAAUGGAGAACAAUGAAGAAAUAGUAAAAGAGAGAGGCCUGACAUUAAAAAAGGUAGGUUAUAGCUAGAGACAGGACAAAAUCACGCUCGCGUGUUGAUACCUAGUUCACCAAUGGGCUUUGAGAGAUAAUAAUGAUUAAUUGUAUUGAAAACCUGGAGGCUCAAUUCAAUACUUUACCUUUACUUCUAUCAUACUUAUAGAAAAAUGUUAUUUACUAUUAUUUAUUCUUGUUUCUAAAAUUGAGGGUUUAGAUUGGUUUUUAAAACAUUUCUUCAAUACUGCAUUUUGGAAGUAGUAAUUUAUUAAUGUAUAUCUUUGUUGGUGUACUCUAACAUGUUUAUUGAUGGUUAUUAAAUAAAAAUAUGGUUUCAAA